AGCAGCAGGCCGAAGAGAACAAGGAAGGAACGUGCCGCCACGAGAGUUCCAGCGCAUCAGUACGGAGGGGCAGAAAACUACAGCAGGAGGACACCGACAAUAACUCCGUUAAAACUCGCCAUGAAGCAAGAGAUCAAGGCCGGGGUGGACUUCCUCAAACGAAUGGCUGUGACACGUGGUGACUUAGACGGGGCCAAAGCAGAGUUGUUUGCAGAAAAUCUUCAAAAACUUCUAUGUGAAAAAUACAAGGACCACUGGUACCCCGACUGUCCCAGCAAAGGCCAAGCAUUUAGAUGCAUUCGCAUAAACAGAAGCAUACCCUGUGAUGAAGUGGUGUUGCAGGCCUGCAAAGAGACUAACAUCAUGCCCACCAGCCUGGGAUUUCCAUCCGAGAUGACUCUGUGGAUUGAUCCGCUGGAGGUGUCUGCAAGAUCCAAAGAGAACAACAGUCCCUUUAAAGUUGCUUCUUUCGACAAAGAGGAGGAAGAUGAGAAUGAAGAGUGUGUGAAGGAUGACCUGGAUGUGUCCUCGCUGGACUCGCUAAGCCAGGAGACUUCAGAUUACCACUCUGCCACAUCUUCGGAUUGUGGUUCAGCUGCAUCGAGCGACACGGAGGAGGAGGCAAAAGACGGGGAUGUGCAGGGAGAAAAAGAAAAAGAAGGGCGGGUUGCCGAGAAGGGAAAGAUGGACGAAAGCUGCAAAAUAACCAUGGUGCCCAGGAUUCGAAAGCCACAUGAAGAUGGAUCAAACAGGGUCAAAUACCCAAGAAAUAUGGUGCCUCCUAACCUUCAGGUCAUCUACCACCCUACACCAGCGUGGCCUCAGUACAAGAAGCGUGCUCCAGUUUUCCUUAGCACCGUGCCACCACCUCCAGCCCAGCAGGUUGUUGGAUACUACGUUGUGCCGCGCACCUUUCCGCAGUUCAUCAUCCCUCAGGCUCCCCUGCAACCAUGGCGAGCAGGGAAGGAGUAGACCAAUCGUGAACUAUGAGGAGGGCAAGUUUGGGGGCAUUAUUAGCAUUAUAAGCUGAGCGUCUGAUGUCAGGCCUGAGUACAGAGCUACUCGGACCAAAAGGUUUAGCUGUACAGUUUAAUUAUUCCUUUCAUAAUCAGAAUUUUUUUUCUUUAUUUUCCUUUGUCAACGACGGCUGUUACUCUGCACAGGGAUACCCCACAGCUCAAGUGAAAACUGCUCUUUGAAUCUGUUGUGUUUGCACUGCUGCUUUUGUAUUGAUGAGCUGUACUCAACAAGAACAACAUCAGUCACUGGGUGCUUGAAGUUGAACUCAGGAAUUCUCAGCAAUAUGUUUAAUGCCAAAGUAUGUCUUUUUUAAAAAAAAAACAUAUUCUACCACCUGUAAAUCUUUGCAGGGUGUAAAAGUCACAGUUAAUCACUGUGAAAUGUGAUUCAGGGUUUUUAAACUACUGUAGCAAUAGUGACAAUAUCUGUAUAUUAAGUAGAAGAGGCUAUUUUUUUUUUUUUGUACUAAGCUGCUUGUAAAUAUUACCACAUCUGAUGAGCACUUUAUAAUCGUAUAUUUGUUGUAAUUUAUUCAGCCACCAAUGGAUGGCAGUCAAGUCACAUACAGUCAGUUAUACAUAUAUUUCAAACUUUGGUUGUACUUUAGAAACUUCACUUUUCCAAACGUGAACAUGUUUAUUUAAUAGCUUAAACGCUUUCUGCUGUAAUAUACAGAACGCUUAUGUCACUGUUUUGUUUUUUUAUUUGAAAUAGGCUUGCUUAAGGCCGUGACUUUUUUUUUUAUUGUUCCUUGCUUGCUAUGAUGUCCUGCUACAGCUUUAUAAACCAUGAAUUGUUACGCUUCAUUUUUUAUUUAUUUACAUUUCACGCUUACGCGUUAUUGAUUUUGUUCUUAGUUCUUGCUUGAGCCGCUUGUUUUAUUGCAGAAGAUACAGCUUUUACUGAAAUCAUUGUUCUGACAUGAAUUGUACUUUUCAGUAAAGUAUUUGCUGUUGCGUUUAAA